GAUUGAGGCUUGAGAUUGAUCAUGUAUAAGACAGGAAAUGCGACCCAAAGAAAGAAUUUUGAUCAUUGAAUAGAACUCGAUAGUUGAUACAGAGUUCAUGCUAAGAUACAACAGGAUGUUCUAUUCCAGUUCUAGACAAGAAUCCUCAACUCAGCAAACACAGCAACAAAAGAAGCCGGCGAAAACCACUACAAAAUCCCACUACGGGAUUGCUCGAGGGCAGACAUGAAACCUGCGGGUUGUAGUCUCAUGACCCAUUUGUAGAUAAUAUUUAAGAGAAAAAAUGAAUUAUAUGCAAUGAAAUUCUUGCAUCUAGACAUUGGAGAGAGAAAAAAUGUGAACUACUUCUACCAUUUGAUCCCUAAGCCACAAAACUGUUGGCUUGUGCCCUCAGAGUACAAAAGCAACCUUCUCAUUGGAAUUGAGAGAAGAAGGAUGGGCAAUUAAAGGUUCAUAAUGAUCAGCUCCAGCACCACACCAACCUACAUGUGAGGAAGAAUUUAUAUAUGCAAUUGCAGUGAUGUGAUAAACACAUUAUAGUUAAGCACCAGAGGUGGAACUGAUGAAAAACCAGUUACCUGUUCCUUUCAUAAACAAAAAGAAGGGAGGUUCGCAAAUUUCACUCCUUGGAUGAUGUGGAAGGAAGAAAACACAAUUUUCUUCCUCAACCAUUGCAUCUGAUCCAUGUGCUUGCACCUACAAGCAGAGGUUAAACCCCAAGUUUCAAGUUAAAGUAAAACAGAGAAAACAAAUGACAAAAAUCGAUGAUCUACCGUGUAAAACAAACAGCAAUUUUAUUAUAUUUAGGUCCAUUUUCUUAUCUCUCUCUCAAAUUUCCCCAUAACAAAAACAGUUAAUUUAAAAGCUCUCAAUUAUCAUCAACUAAAUUAUGGUUAGAUCCUAUUCCAAUGACUACUGUGCAAUUCUAGAUCUGCAGCACUAUCAAUUUGCAUCAUGUCCUUACGGUAAAAGGCAAUAAAUAUCACCCAUGACUGAUGGCAUGUGUGUGUGUGUGUGUGUCUGUAUCCCAUCCUCCAUUAUUAUUGUUUUUUUUUCCUGGCUUUCUUCUGUAUUCCAUCCUUUAUUUAGCCAAUUCAUCAGCCAUAUCAAUUUGCAUCAUGUCCUCAACAAAACUACAGUUACAAUUUGAAAGACUGUGUUGAAUGAACUGGACACACUUGUCCAAACAAACAGGACUUAUCAAG